CCCCCUGACGAGUUCACUUUUUGUUUGCGAGCUUGGCCGCUAGCGUGACGAUUAUCGGAGUGAGGCUACGAAAACGAGUAGAAGUAUCCCUGACAGUACGUCUAUGGCUGCUUCUCUUAUUCAGCACCGAGAAGACCACGCAGGGCCACGGAAAUACUUCCGCUUAGGUCUAUGCGGCGCGCACAGUCACGGAGACGUGCUGUCCCUGAAAAAGCUGGCUCCACACAAAAGCAAGGAAUCUUUUUAUCGUCUCGAGCUGAAGCUCGCGGAAGGAACAUCAGCGACUAGCGAACUUGGAGCGACACGGCUACUGAAAUGCCUUUCCUCCGGCGUGUGUCCAUUACGUACCUGUCCUUCCUGAUUCCCCGCUGCAUCGGAACAAGAUUUGCCCAUUACAUAUCACGCAAGAACGUCACGUCUCCGUUGGCAACCACAACGAGCGUGAGACUUGUGGAGCCAGUCUUGUGGAGCCAGCGUGGAGCCAGCGUGCCUGGGCUUCAUCGCCGCUUUCGCGAAAGAUCCUGCCUGACUUGGAAUGGCCAGUAAAGGGCAGUUAACCGCGUGACCGUUGACGGCACCGUACGGUUGCUAACGUCAGCCGCACAUCAUCCCUACGGAGUCCGUACUGUACUUGAAAAUCUUGCCGGUGAUGGGCUGAUACGAAGAGGGCCAGGGCCCUAGGCUAACGGAGCUAUGACAUGUGUCCGUGCGGCGUUCAUCGCCUGCAUGACUUGCUGUUUGAUGAAACUGUCGAGACAGGAGCCUUUGAGCCUCGAGUCUAUCCUGCCAGAAAAUCCAGCUGACUACGAUAACCUCGAUCCACCGAGAGAGAACGGAAAGCCUACCGUUGUACGAUUUCACGUGACAGUACUCAGUAUAGAUUCUAUCGACGAAGGAUCGAUGACGUACGUGGCAGAUAUUUUCAUGUCUCAGUCGUGGUACGACCACCGCCUGCGGCUUCCUCAAAACAUGACCUCCAAGUACAGACUACUUCCGGUCAACUGGCUCAAGCGCAUGUGGAGGCCGGAUUCCUUUUUCAAGAAUGCCAAGAAGGUGACGUUUCAAGAGAUGACCAUCCCCAACCAUUACAUAUGGCUCUACAAGAACAGGUCCAUCUUGUACAUGGUCAAGCUCACAUUACUCUUGUCGUGCGCCAUGAAGUUCGAAACGUAUCCGCAUGACACUCAGGUGUGCACAAUGAAGAUUGAAAGCAUAUCGUACACGACCGACGACCUCAUAUUCGAUUGGGAAGAAGAUGUUCCCCUGGUGGUCGAUGACUCCAUAGAACUGCCGCAACAUAACCUCGUCUCGACAUCCCUGGGAGACUGCACGCAAGUUUACUCUACGGGAAACUUCACCUGCAUCCAAGUCACGUUUACGCUGAAACGGCGCCUUGGCUACUACAUGUUCCACACGUACAUUCCGACCUGUCUCAUCGUCAUCAUGUCCUGGAUCUCGUUCUGGAUUAAGCCCGAAGCCGUUCCUGCCCGCGUGACCCUCUGCGUCACGAGUCUCCUCACCCUGUCCACGCAGCACGCCCAGUCGCAGAAGUCCCUUCCUCCCGUCUCUUACAUCAAGGCCAUCGACAUCUUCAUGUCGUCGUGCACGGUGUUCGUGUUUGCCUCUCUCAUGGAAUACGCCCUCGUCAACAUCCUCAUGGGAGAGGCGGAGACGGACGAUGGCUGCACCAGGAGGAGCAUCAGGACUGUGGUCAUCUCACCUAAGGUGUCGGAGAGUUCCGGCAUGCCGAACGGCACCAAGCCACCAACGCCUCCUGAACCUAAAGCGAGCCGGUGCAGGCAUCGAGCCAUGGUGGUCGAUAAAGUCAGUCGAGUAUUCUUCCCAGCGUCUUUUAUUCUGCUCAACCUCAUCUACUGGUCAUUAUACGUCGACUUGUGAAGCAGACGUCCCAUAUAGGGCAACAAAAUCUUGAGAAAGAGGACGAGAACUUCACGUGGUACCUCUUUCACCCCUCCAGCACCACGAGAACUCCGGCCGCCAAAGAACUAUACUCACGAGAAUGGAAUCUCCCAAAGUUACCAUGGCGCACUUGUUAUUGUUGUGGUGUGGACGCAGCCGUUGUUAAUCUGCUCUUCUGUUUUCUAAUGUGCCUUUGAAGUAUUCUUCGAAGAGCACGCACUCUUUUCCGCCAAGGGUGGCUGGCGUUUCUCAAAGACAACGUAUAGCGGUGACGUCUAGGCUCACAAAGUCACGUGGGCAUCUACGCAGGACAACAGUGGACAAUGGUGUAGCCUGCACCCGCUAGGUGGCGCAAUGCUUCUUCGAACCUCGUCAGUGGUUGUGACCGUGUGGUGCUUCUGGAACACAGGGCUCUAGUUGAACGUUCCUUUCAAAGUGCAGACACCGUUGAUCCUCAAGACUCCUUGUAUACAAAGUGGAGGACAGUGGUCUUCUGAACAACUCAAUGAGAGGACGUAGUGUUGACAUUUAACAGCAGUUUCCUGGCUGAUCGAAACUCUUUUUUUUUUCUUCUUGGUCUGCAACCCAUAUCGAACUUAUCAUCACGCACAGCGCUCACAUUACCACACUCCCAUCUUGCAUUGACACCAAAUGUACGUACGUAUAGACAUCUCGCUUACCUGAUCCGAAUUCAAUACUUCCAGCAUUCAGAGAGCCAUUAGAAGUAACUUCUAAUCGAGGUCUUUCACGUGAAGAUGCGGAGAGCUGUAAAUUUGAUUUAGCCAAUAUUGCUCUGCUCACAUACUAAGUCAUAAAGGCAGGGCAGAUAAGGCGAGGUAAAGGCAGCAUCAAUCGCAGGAACAAGGUGGAUCGAAGCCACAAAGGCAGCUUGGUGGGCGAACGCGUAUUUCUUUUUACAUGGCAACGAUCAUGCUGUGAGUAUUUCGACCCGGGGGAGAGCUCGCAUAUACGUUUCAGGAUCGGUGUAUAGUCUGAUCAGCUGAUCUCUCUGCAUUUAAUAGGCAACUACUCGAGCUGCGCAGUGGACUAUACAGGUACGUAUAAACGCAAAAGGAUUCCAUGUCAAGUGCAUUUAUCUGUGCAGCACUAUACUUCAAAGCACUAAAUGCGCACAUCCGGCUAUUCGUUCGCUCUCGUAUAUCUCAUAUUCUGCGUAGUCUCUCGCUUGCUAAUAAGGCAUGAGUAGGGAGUGACUUAUUCGGGUUAAUCCCGAUUUCUCCCCAAAUUCCAGUCACUACGAAAUCCUCAAUCCUCAACACAACUAAGAAUGGGCCACUUACGUUCCCAGCACUGUCUAUGCCUUUAAAAAAAAUGAGAAAAAGAAAACAGGAAACGACUUAAUAGACAAGAGGCGGAACAAACACACCCGAUAACAUAACAGCCGAAGGCACAAUUAUCGCCCGAUUUCUCCCCGAAUUACAGAUUGGGAUUUAGAAAUAGCGCCCGAUUUUUGCCCCCCGAAUCUCAGAAAGGCAUUUAACCCGAACAAGUCACUGCCUAGGUACAAGCUGGUGUGCGUCUGUUUGUUAUGGAAAGGGGGUGACGAUAUUGCGGGUGAGACGGAGCACACCGCUGAUCUCUGCGUUACGUGGACUGGCGCAUUGCUGGGCUUGCUCCUGAUGGCGAGCUUCUCGGCUGGAGUACGACGCGCUACGAGUGCGUUGGCUUCCGGUGGAGCAGCUAUCGUCAUCUCCUUCAGUACGACGCAUGCGUACGGAGAUGGAGACGCGACGCUUUAGCGACGGUGAACCGGAGUAACAAUAUGUCGACGCUCUUUACAGCAGGCAACUAGAAGGAAGCACCAGAUUGAGAAAUGCAACUCAAUUCAUCAUCGUAGAGACCCUGUCCUUAGUUAGGCCAACGCCACCUAGAUACAGAAGAGCUGCUUAUUGCCUCCUCUCCCCCCUUCGCUACGUGAACACACAAAGUCAGAAUUCGUCUGCUAUCGUCUGCUAUGUCGUCUGCUAUGUCGUCUGCUACGUCUGUUAUGUCGUCUGCUACGUCUGCUAUGUCGUCUGCUACGUCAGAACCGCUGUUCUGCGCAUUCAAGAACUCGCGAAUGAUUGCACCUAACUUUGAACCUUCAGACGUGAACCUGUAGACAAAAUAUGCAACACGCUUUUGAGAAAGAUAUGGGACCGUUUUGCGUUUCAUUUUCAAAGCUUUUCCCAUUCAGUAAGCGGGGACGUUCAAUCACUACUCGCAGACGACGGCGGUUUGUCUCCAUGGCUACGACUGCUGAAAGCACGUUCGUGAUUGGCUACGGCCAUUGAAAGCAAGAUCCUGAUUGGCUUACUCUUAGUUGUUACGUCACGUCGACGAGUGAGCGGGCUUUCUCUAUCUAGGUGGUGUUGGCUAGGCCCAGCCGCCGCGACGACUGCAGAGCAGACGACAUGCACACCAGGACGUGACGUCGCUCUGCCGUUGACCAAUUGCAAGAAACUUCCGUAAUUCGAAAUCGACAUCAAUCCUCUCUGAGGAAGGCUCUCUAUGCGCGGUCCACGUAGUGCCUAGGUGAGCGAUGUAUACACUUACCGCAGGGCGCGUUACGGCGUUUUUUCACCCAUUUCACGGUUAUUACGUCCCACUAACCGGGCUAUCGACACCAGCUCAACUUUCUUCAUGUGCAACGGUCACCAUUAUGCCUACGAGCAUAUUAGGAACCGCAUAUUCGCAUAUGCAGAGUGGCGACGUUCCUUUUACUGACUUCCUACUUUCCUUUCAUACUUAUUUUAUUUCAAAAGGCUAUUCAGGAGUCGGAAUUCAAAGGUUUCGUUCAGACAUCGAUUUAUGCAGAAUCGCCAUGAUUUCCAACUUCAGGGAUGGAAACGGAAGCACUCCCUCUGCUUUCCUUUUUUUUUCUUCUUCUUCUUCUUCUUCUUCUUUUGCCGCGAAUAUAUUUUUAUGCAUACGUUCGGUACAACCACUGAAAAGCGAUUCAAACUGCGAUACAUCUUGAACGAGCCUGUUAUAGGGAAUCGGUAACAUGGAACACGAGAGGUGUUGUGUAUAGCUCUAAGUCUCUAAUCCUCUGUGCGUCAGCUACUUUGUUUCCGUGUAGUGCUCUUCGUUUAAAGUUAUUUCUAGCAUCUCUUUGAACCCUUCGUAAUUCUUUUUUAGUCCUGUUUGUUACUCAGAACGUCUCGCUAGAACCAAAGCAUCGGUACCUUACUCCAAACGAUCAAAGCAGGAACGCGGAUGCCAACAUUGAUCAAUACAUGUCUUAUUGACGUUCUGUUCAUUUUACGGUUACGUUAAUUUAUACUCAGCACUAUUGAUAAGAUAUAAUUUUAUUAUCGGUAUUUGCUCCACAGUGCAUUAUCAUACUUUGAAAUAGGAAUGCUUAAAGAUCCCGUGCUCGAUCGUCGCAAUCUAGGGUCUCUCAAGUGAACUGUUCUUGUGGGGCAGCCAAAACAAACAAACAAACAUACAUGCAUAGUGUUAGACCGGUCUUGUAACUGUGCCAGCGAGCUCCCCCUGACGAUCGCGUACAGCUAGCAUCACCAGCGUUUUUUGUGAAUCGGCAGCGCCAUCUGUUAGGUACGCAGAAAACGCUACUCGGCGCCUCUGAUGUCGUGGACACCUGGUGCAUCAGUAUAGGCACCCAUAGCAAAGAAAUACAGCGGAGACUGACAACUAACGGCAGAUUGGUAACGACCUCUCGUUACCGAUGUAGGUGAGCAACGAUGAAACUAUAAUCUGUCGAUUAGUGAAUCCAUUUGGGAAAGCAACCUAAGAAGCACUUGUCACGUCAGAUUAAGGGCAAUGAAUGACGUGGAAUCUGCACAAAUGGAAAGCACCCAAUGUUUGCACGAUACAUUCGACAGCAUCCCUGCUGGCAUUCAUAUUUUGGCCAUUUUAAUCUAUUAGACAGCUUCUUCACUCCACAAGACAGAAUUGUACGUCAGAGUAGCGGUUUGUUAAUGUUUAC